AUGUCUCGGCCAGAACACAAAGCCCCACCGGAAAUUUUUUAUAAUGAUGAUGAAGCGAGGAAAUAUACAUCAAAUUCAAGAAUACAGAGUAUUCAAGCCGAAAUGGCAUUACGAGCCCUUGAACUUUUGAAUUUGCCAGAAAAUGAAACGUGUUUCUUACUCGAUAUAGGUUGCGGAUCAGGACUAAGCGGAGAAAUCUUAGAUGAAGAAAACCAUAUAUGGGUGGGAUUGGAUAUUUCUCCAUCAAUGUUACAAGUUGCAUUGGAUCGAGAAGUUGAAGGCGAUUUGUUCUUACAAGACGUUGGUCAAGGAAUAGGUUUUCGACCGGGCACAUUUGACGGCGCGAUAAGUAUUUCCGCUUUACAAUGGCUUUGUAACGCUGAUCAGCAAUCUCAUAAUCCAAAAAGUCGAUUAAAUCGGUUUUUCUCAACAUUAUAUGCAUCAUUACGACGCGGAGCUCGUGCAAUAUUUCAAUUCUAUCCUGAGAACGAUGAUCAAUGUGAAUUAAUUAUGAGUGUAGCAAUGAGAUGUGGGUUUGAAGGUGGUCUAGUGGUAGAUUACCCUAACAGUAAAAAGGCUAAAAAAUAUUAUCUGUGCUUAUUUGCUGGGCAAAUUCCUGGUAGACAAAAACAACAAAUACCACAGGCUUUAGGUGAAGACGAAAGUGAACCAACAGGUGUAGUUUAUUCAAAUCAAAGAAUAAAUGAACGACAAAAGGUAAAGGGAAAGCAACGUAGAUCAGUUAAAGAUAAGGAUUGGGUAUUGCGUAAAAAGGAAGUUGCUCGUAUGCGUGGGAAUAAAGAAGUGCCAUUGGAUUCUAAAUACACAGGAAGAAAGAGAAAACCCAAGUUCUAG